AUGCCAACAAAAGGUAGGCAUAAAAAUAGAAGACAGUCAGUUCCAGUUGCGGCGGAUUCCGGGUCGACAAAACUUGGAACGGAUCACCCACGCAAGAACUCAACCCUAACCCCCGACUGGGUAAAAUGUACCAAAGAAGAACAGUUAGAUAUAAUAAUCCGGAAGAAACUGAACCAUCUUUAUCGCGAAGCUCUGUCUACCCUUGUUUCCAAGGGAUAUGAUGAAAAUGUCGCGUUAAAAGGGUUAUUGGAAAUGGGAUAUUGUGUCGGUGAGACUGACUGUUUGAGUAACGUUGUUCAAAAUUCUUCCCAUUUUUUAACCAGCAAUGACGUUGAAUUGGAAGAAGAUCGACCUCAACCGUUCAAGAAUCUUGAAUUACUAGUGGAGUUCAAUCAGCGCUUUUUGGUGUAUAUUUUGCAAAAAUAUAGGCCGAAUUUGAAUAGAAUAUCCAUACGUCAGUGUAUUCUUAUGACUAAUUUGAAUUUGAAUCGAGCCAUUAUCAUGAAUAUCAACGAUAUGCCUUUUGUAGUAACAGAAAUGCCUACUAGUGAUUUGAAUCUUGAGGAUGAUAAUGGAGAGAUAGAUGGGUUCUUGGCUCUUGAAAUCAGAGAGCUGUUAAAUAAUUUGAAUAUUCUUGAUGCUUCUGUUUCUGAGGAUAUGAAGGAUGCGAUGAUUGCUGGUUUGCAAAAGCCGAUUGAUGAUCUUAUGCCGCAGCUUCAAGAAAGGAUAAGAUGGGCAAGAAAGAAGGUGGCACAAGCGAGAAGAAAUCAACCCUCCACAAUAAUGAGUAGAGAGGAGGAGAUUCAGGUAUUUGAAUAUUUCUUAGAAAGCAUGUUAGCGAAUAAGAAAUAUGAAUUAUCAUCAUUAGAUAGUGAAUUGGAUAACGAGGAGGAAACUCUACAACAUCUUGAGAUGGAGAAGGAAGAGAUUAAAGCAGAAAUAUCGGCAUCAAAGCUAAUAGAAUCGGAGACAAAGCAGAAAUGUUUGCAAGUUUCAAAGAAAAAGAACUGGGAAAGGCAGAAAGUGAAGCUGCAGGAGGAGAUAGAAUUGGAGAAGGAAAAGAUGUCGAAAUUGAAGCAACAGUUGGUUGAGAUAGAUGCAGCUAUAAUCCGGGCUCAGGUGAAAUUCGAUGAGGUUACCAAGACAAGGAAGGCGGCAGCUACACAAUUUUCCAUGGAAAAUCGGCUGGUCAUAGAUUGUUGGAAACCAAAUGCUCUUAAACUUCUGACAAAUGAGGAGUUCAUUCUUGGGAAACAGAUCGAGAGGCUCAAGAAACUCCUAACAAAAGCCUUAAUAGACGUCGCCUAUGAAUUAAAAGCUUGUGGCCCGAGAGACAAAAUUCUGAAUUCAUCAAGUUUAUGA